CAUGUUUUAGCCAAUACCGUAUUAAAACAGGAUCCUUGUUGGUGGUGGUGCAGCUAGAGCGCUCUCCCAUAAACACGCGGACUUCAAUAAGUUGAGGUGAUUAAAAGGCUCUGUCAUUAUUCUUUCACUCGUUAACACGGGCUCUCGGAUUUCAAGUGUCUCCUUUUACACUCCUGAGCCGCCACAUUCAUCAUGGGACUGGGCUGAAGUUUUAUUGCUGCCGCGAGAGGUGGAUGCAAAAACAAAAGUUGAGUGUGGGAUGGACUCAGAGGGCAACUAGCCCCAAUACCCUCUCUCUGAGGGAGGGAAAAAAGAAAAAAUGCGAGUCGGGGCAUGAGUCGAGCUCUUUUCUAUUCAUUUUUGACACAGUUCAACACAUUUCAUCCACUGGAAACUCCGGGUUAUACCUAGACGUUAUGGGCGUACCUACGUGUUUCUGCAUCACAGAGGAGUAAGGUGAGGGACGGGGUCACAGCUCCAUAAAUACUUGGUGUGGCAGAGGCUUUGGAUGGACCCUGGAGGAGUAAAUGCUGCUGGAAGAAGCUCGCGCACAGGAGAGGAGCGGCGACUUUUCUGCAAGCUGAUACCUCAUUUGUAGAAGGGCUGAAUGGUAAAAAGCCUCCUCAGUUACCACCGUGAAAGUUGUGGUGCCUCUGCCUAAUAUGGCAAGUCUAUGAGUCCGUAUUGGCAGAGAUAUAAAUUGUUUUAUAUUUCUCACAGAGUGCGAUGUAGUUCAACUUCACACCCCAAAGUGAACUAGUUGUCAAGAUGACAGCGCUUACACCUCUGAACCGUGCUGUACUUGGACUUGCGUGGAGCUGCUUGAGUUUUCUGUCCUGCGCCCAUUGCGGGUUAAGUGACAACCAUGUGCACUCCAGUUUUAUUUACAGGAGGUUGCGCAAUCAUGAACGUAGGGAAAUCCAGAGAGAGAUCCUCUCCAUCCUGGGCUUGCCUCACCGUCCGAGGCCCUUCUCUCCCGGAAAGCAGGCGUCCUCGGCGCCGCUGUUCAUGCUCGACCUGUACAACGCCAUGGCCGUGGAGGAGGAGGAGGGGGUGCAGCCGGGCACAGUGAAGAGCUUCAGUGCCAAGGCUCAAGGGCACUCCAGGAAAGGUUACUACAGCCCCCAGCAUGUCGCCGGUUACUCCCGUGUGGCACAGCCUUACCGAGCGGCCCCUCUGUUAGGCCACAGCCCCGCGCUCACCACAGCGCACGACACCAACUUUCUCAAUGAUGCCGACAUGGUUAUGAGUUUUGUCAAUUUAGUGGAAAAAGAUAAAGAUUUCUCUCACCAACGAAGACACUACAAGGAGUUCCGUUUUGAUCUGACUCAGAUCCCGGACGGAGAGGCGGUGACUGCUGCAGAGUUUCGGAUCUAUAAGGACCGCAGUCAUGCUCGCUACGACAAUGUUACUCUGAUGGUUACCAUAUAUCAAGUCAUCAAGGAAUAUCAAAACAAAGAUGCAGAGACGUUCUUGCUCGACUCCAAAAAGGUCCAGGCAUCCGAUGGGGGCUGGCUAGUGUUUGACAUCACAGCCACCAGUAACCACUGGGUGAUGAACCCACAGCAGAACUUGGGCCUGCAGCUCUGUCUGGAGACUAUAGAUGGCCGAAGUAUCAACACAAAAUCUGCUGGAAUCAUUGGGAGGAACGGGCCCCAGUCCAAACAGCCUUUCCUGGUUGCUUUCUUCAAGGCCAGUGGGGUGUUGCUUCGCUCUGUCAGAGCUGCUGGUGGGAAGAAAAAGAACCACAAUCGCAAUAAAUCUACUAAUCAACAAGAAGCAUCUAGGGCACCAAAAACUGGAGAUUACAACACAAGUGAACAGAAGCAAGCCUGCAAGAAGCAUGAACUUUACGUCAGUUUUCGAGAUUUGGGCUGGCAGGAUUGGAUCAUUGCACCUGAGGGCUAUGCUGCUUUUUACUGUGAUGGUGAAUGCUCUUUUCCACUCAACGCACACAUGAAUGCAACAAAUCAUGCAAUUGUGCAAACCCUGGUUCAUUUAAUGUUUCCUGACAAUGUGCCAAAGCCAUGCUGUGCUCCAACCAAGCUCAACGCAAUAUCAGUGCUUUACUUUGAUGACAGCUCAAACGUAAUCCUCAAGAAAUACAGAAAUAUGGUAGUUAGGUCUUGUGGUUGCCAUUAGUGGCCGGGCUAACUUUAAUUUAUGCUAUCUGGUAUGGGAAUCGCUGGAAAACACAUCUGCUUCAGGUGUGAUGUGAUGUACAGUAUUAUGUAUAUAGAGUUGUAUUAUCUAAUUUAUUUUCUUUUUUUAAAAUAGCACUGAAUAUUGUGAUAUUUAAAUGAUUAGGACAAAAUGUUGAUUUUACUUUAUGUCAGUUAUCAGUUAACUUUUGUGUCCAUUGGCAUAUACUCCCUCUUUAAUAACAUCUGUAUAACUUUUAUGAGUUACCUAUUCACUGGAGUCAUCAUGAUACAUGAGAUCAGUUCCCCUUCUGCUUGUUUUUCCCCUUUUACAAUAUGCUUGCCUUGUGCUUUAAAUGCUCACUGAGCUAGAAUUAUACAUUUACGUUUGUCAGUAUAUAAUGUGUUUUUCUUCAACGCUAAUUUUUUCUCUUAGUUUGUCUCCAUUAUGGACCCACAAUUGAUGAUGCUCUGAGCAAUAAUAUCAUAAUUCAUACAGGCUGUUGGAAAUCUUGUUAAUCAAAUUGGAUCACUUGAAGAAGAAAAAAUAGUGAGUGUUCUCUAAUGUAAAUCCAACUGCACAAAGCUAUUUUCAAGCUGCCACUGUCUUUCAGCAAUGAUACUUUUUCACCCUUCCAAGCCAGCUUUUUUUCAUAAGAGUCUGUGUUCACAGAAUGGGGUUAUGUCAGUCUGGAAUGAAACUCUUAUAAUGUUGAGCGUUUACUUCUGAAUGUUUUACAAAUUAGGUCAUUUUUUAAACAAUGUUUAUGUAAAUUUCUUCCAUAAACACUGUUUUCUCAUUCCUCUGUGGACUAGCUGCAAACAUCUUGCUUGGGGAAAGUAUAUCUUAUUGUAGAGUGUUGUGUAUUUUAAUAAAUGUAACACUUGAAAACUC